AUGAAGCAUCCGUCAGUUGAAAGAAGACGAAAGGAAAUGUAUUAUGGCAAACGAAAUGAGGUGAUUUGGAGAGAACCUCACGUAAGAGAAGUCUGGAGAUUUGAAUCAACCUGGUUGAACGAAGCAGAGGGUUCGAGUCCAAAACGACCGGACGAGCUGCUAGCAUCAAAUUUGAUUCAGAGCAUUGUGAUUGUUGGUCGAAAAAAGGCAUUCAGACGCAGUAAUUGA